AAUCCUCGGAAUGUCUUUCGGUGGGAAGUAAGCAGCCCGACCUUCAGUAGUGGUGUGGUUUGGACUACGAAUGUUGACAGGACUCUCACCUUUGACUCCUUUCCCUUUCUCUCCAGAAAGGACCGUAGUGUGAAAUACCCCGAAGACCUUCCCAUCACCCUUCCUAAUCUGCUGAGGUUCAUUUUGCAUCACUCAGACCCUGCUUCUGUCCCCCAGAACUUAGCUAACCCUCCUACCAAAGAGUGUCUUCAGAGCGAGGCAGUCUUCCAGCAGGGGCACAUCUCCCACUUGGAGAGAGAGAUCCAGAAACUGAGGGCAGAAAUCAGCACCCUUCAGCGCGCACAGGUGCAGGUGGAGGCCCAGCUCUCCAGUGUGCGCAGGGACGAGCACCGGCUGCUCCGGCAGAAGCAGACCCUGGAGAAGCAGCACAGCCUGCUCCAGCUGCACAGCCAGCAGCUGCAGGCCCUGUACGAGCAGAAAACCCGCGAGCUCGAGGAGGUGGCCCGUAAGCUCCAGGAGCUGGCCGACGCCUCGGAAAACCUCCUCACUGAGAACACGUGGCUCAAGAUCCUGGUGGCAACCAUGGAGCGGAAGUUGGAGGGCAAGGACGGAGCCGAAAGCCUCCCUCCCCCACAGGAGGUCGGCUCUGACCACCCCGAGCCCCCAGGCCCCCCCCGGCUACCUGGCAGCACCCCUCUGCCUUCCAACAGCAGCUCCACGCUGGCGUCCGAAAGGAGCAAUGAGAACAGGACAGACAAACUUUUAAAAUGACAUGAAGAAAUCAGAGGUGAAAACUGUACAUUGGGAAUAUAUUUAUGCAAAUUUUAUUGAAAUUUAUUGUAAAUAAAGAUUUUCUCAGUGGUCUAGAAAAUCAA